AUGUCUUCUGCAACAGGUAUCCCGUCUGACACUGCUGCUCUACUGUCAGCACUGUUGGAAGGCAUUCUAUACGGCUUUUCGGUGCUUAUGUUUAUGGGUACCAUCUGGGCUUUGACAUACAACCAUCGCAUACAGGACGUGAAUCGUCCAAUCACUGUAGUGGCCAUCCUGCUGUUGAUGUUGAGUACUGCGCACAUCGUCGUGAACAUUGUUCGUGUCCAAGAUGGAUUGAUAAAGUAUCGUGACACGUUUCCAGGCGGGCCGGUAGCAUUCUUCGGAGACGUUUCCCAAGAAACGUAUGUGAUCAAGCAUGCGUUAUACAUCAUCCAAACUCUACUUGCUGAUGGGGUAGUUAUAUAUCGCUGCUAUGUUGUUUGGCAAACAGUCUGGGUUAUCAUCCUACCAAGUGUUCUGUGGUGUAGUGUCGCAGUGACCGGUGUCAAUGCUGUCUACAGCUUUUCGCAAGCCAGCAGAAAUCCCACAGACAUCUUCACCACGGUGGUCGCAGACUGGGUCACGACAUUCAUAAUCUCGACACUAUCCACUAAUCUGUUGAGUUCAGGAUUACUGGCAUAUCGCAUCUGUAUGAUCGAACGCACUGUUUGUACAGUUCGUACUGUGAAGGGCUCAAUUAUGCCAAUAGCGCGCGUACUUGUUGAUGCCGCUGCUUUGUACUCUGUGACACUCCUCGCCAGACUAAUAUGUUUCGUCUACAACAACAAUGGACAGGAGGUUGUGGUAGACAUGGUCAUGCCGAUCAUAUCGAUUGCAUUCUACAUGGUGCUUGUUCGCAUCGCAGUCAAUGAACAAACUCGCAGUUACCGCUCGAUCAUCCCAAGACGGGCAAACAAUGAACAAGGAGACUUGCGGCGAUAUCCUAGUGUGUAAUGAUUCAACCUAAAUGUCGUACUAUUUUGAGUGGAGAUUGGAUGAAUAUUGAUAUGCUGGAAAUGCGAAAUAUACAGGAUGUUAUCUGUUCGCGGGGAAAUGUGGAAUACGGAUAUUUCUUUGGGAUUGGACGGUUGUCCGUAUGCUGGGAAACGUGGAAUGCGACACCCUACAAAGAAGGGUAGAGGAUUCCCGUAUUAGAUAUCAUUCUCAAAACGUCGAUAAGACGAUGCAAUCAACUUGAAAAGAAAGGUAGAGAGGUUUGGAGCAUUCACUCCAGCGUAAAUUUCGGGUUUGAUUCAACUUCCCUGUUCUACAUCCAGAACAAAAUUUAUGUGAAGUCUGAAUGUACUACAUACCAUUUACUAAUGAUGGAGGUGCUUGAUGCAACAUGCGUGACAAAGUACUGUUGGAUCGUUUGGCAAGACUCGAAGAGCGCUCGUACCACUGCAGUAAUGGUCAAUGAUAC